GGGCGUGUCCCGCGGGCCGCGGCGGCGCGGGCCGGGUGCGCGGCGCAGCCUCCUGUGUUGGAAUGUGCGGCUCCCGAGAGCUCGCGGCGCAGCAGCCCAGCCAGCGCCGCCGAGGCCCUGGGCCCCAGACUCCGGCGUUGGCGGCGGCCGGCGCGGCACUCCGAGCCCUGGCGGCCUGAACACUCCCCGUAACCCCGCUCCUGGGCCUUAACGGGCCUCGACGGCCCCGGCGCCCAACUUUUUUCCACUCUGCUCCUUCCCCUCCCCCGAAACUCCAGCAACAAAGAAAAGUAGUCGGAGGAGCGGCGACGCCUGGGGUCGCUCGCCCCUCCUCGCCCGGGAAGACAACAACUAUGGCCACUCAGAUAAUGGGGCAGUCUUCUGGAGGAGGCGGGCUGUUCACCAGCAGUGGCAACAUCGGCAUGGCUUUGCCUAACGACAUGUAUGACUUGCAUGACCUCUCAAGAGCCGAAUUGGCUGCGCCUCAGCUUAUCAUGUUGGCAAAUGUGGCCCUAACUGGAGAAGUAAAUGGGAACUGCUGUGAUUACCUGGUUGGUGAAGAAAGACAGAUGGCUGAAUUGAUGCCUGUUGGUCAUAACAACUUUUCAGAUAGUGAUGGAGAAGGACUUGAAGAGCCUCAUAUAGGAGGCGAACCCAACGGAUUGGAACGAAUGGAACUAGAAAGUCUGCAACUCAGUAUUGUAGAAGUAGAACCACAGUCCAUGUUUGAAGUAUCAGCUGCCCCAGAAAUUUAUAGCUCAAAUAACGAUCUUCCUCCUGAGGCACCUGGAACAGAGGACAAAUGCAAGAACUUGAAGAUCAAACCCUUUCGUUGUAAGCCAUGCCACUAUGAAGCAGAAUCUGAAGAACAGUUUGUGCAUCACAUCAGAGUUCAUAGUGCCAAGAAAUUUUUUGUCGAAGAAAGUGCAGAGAAACAAGCAAAAGCCAGGGAAUCUGGUUCUUCUCCUGUGGAAGAGGGUGAGUUCUCCAAGGGUCCUAUUCGCUGUGAACGCUGUGGCUACAAUACCAAUCGAUAUGAUCACUAUACUGCUCAUUUGAAGCACCACACAAGAGCUGGAGAUAAUGAACGUGUCUACAAAUGUAUCAUUUGUUCAUACACCACAGUAAGUGAGUAUCACUGGAGGAAACACUUGCGAAACCAUUUUCCAAGGAAAGUAUAUACAUGUGGAAAGUGCAACUAUUUCUCAGACAGGAAAAACAAUUAUAUCCAGCAUGUUCGAACUCAUACAGGAGAACGCCCAUAUAAAUGUGAACUUUGUCAUUACUCAAGUUCCCAGAAGACUCAUCUAACUAGACAUAUGCGAACUCAUUCAGGUGAGAAGCCAUUUAAAUGUGAUCAGUGCAGUUACGUGGCCUCAAAUCAACAUGAAGUGACGCGCCAUGCAAGACAGGUUCACAAUGGGCCUAAGCCUCUUAACUGCCCACACUGUGACUACAAAACAGCAGAUAGAAGUAACUUCAAAAAGCACGUAGAACUGCAUAUUAACCCAAGGCAGUUCAAUUGCCCUGUGUGUGACUACGCAGCUUCUAAAAAGUGUAAUCUACAAUAUCACUUCAAAUCUAAGCAUUCUUCUUGUACUAAUAAAACAAUGGAUGUCUCAAAAGUAAAAUUAAAGAAAACCAAAAAGCGAGAGGCUGAGUUGGCUGGUAUUAUUUCCAGCGAAAACCCAGAUACAGAGCAGGCAAAAAUGCCAGAAGAUGUGGCUGGACAGAAAAAUGAAAAGUCUGAAACAGUGGAGAAAAAUGACAAUAUCUCAAAAGAGGAUAAUAAUCCUCAUAGUGAUGCCUCAAUCCAAGUGAAUUCUGAAAUUCACAAGCCAGCAGUAGAAACUAAAGAGAUGGAUGUGCCUACAGAAAAUAACUUAGAAAAACCCUGUAAAGCCAAGAAAAGCAAAAGAAAGAUGGAUGCUGAGCCCCAUUCUUUACAAGAUUCUGGAGUUGAUGAGCCUGUGGCAAAAAAGAAAAGAAAGGCAGAAAGUAAAUCCAAAAAUAGCCAGGAAGUGCCAAAGGGUAACAGCAAGGUAGAGAAUAAAAAGCAAAGUACCUGCAUGAAAACAAGUACAAAGAAAAAAACUCUGAAAAAUAAGUCAAGUAAAAAAGGCAGCAAGUGUGAUCAGAAGGGGUCUGUGCAGAAAGAGACUGUUGAGAAGGAGCCAGCUGAGAUGGAGCCUUCUCAGACAGAGUUGCCGCUUCCAGAGCCCCCUCAGGUAGGGCCAGCUCAGACAGAGCCACCACCUCCUGAAGAGCCUGCUCUAGUGGAGCCACCUGUUCAUAUGCAGCUGAUUCCCACGAUGUCUCCUCAAAAAGAUGAUAAAAAUGAAAAGUUGAAUGAGCAGAGUGAAAUGGCACAGAAAGAGCAAGCUCUAAGUGAAAUUGGUUUAAUGCCUGUUAAAGACAGCCAGCUUCUAAAGGAAAGUGCAGAUACACAGAAUCUCUCACCUCCAUCAUCAUCAGAACCAAAGGAAAACUUACAAGAGGAGUUAAAAGACCAAAAAUUAACCACAGAAGGCAAAGGAAAUAAUGAAGUCCUUCUUCAAGUAGGAGAAUCAGAAGAGGCAGAUGAGAGUUCAGCUGGUCUUGCUGCUGUUGAAUCUUCCAGUAUUUCGCCCUGUGAAGACUUGAAUGUGUCAGAAAGUAAAACUUCAGAUGAUAAACAGGUCGACACACUUUGUGAAAAAGAGAUGGACAUUGAUGAGAACAAAAUAGAAAAUCACCCUGGUAAAGACUCAGUAGUUGAUGAUGAAUCAGUUUCGCCACCCCUUCUUCCCCUACCCAUAGAAAAACAUGAAGCACUGUCCAAAACUGCUGUGGCAUCACCUCCUGUUACCCCAGUAGUAAAUGAGGAGGAAGAUGAAGGGAUCCACAGUCAUGAUGGAAGUGACCUCAGUGACAACAUGUCAGAGGGUAGUGAUGAUUCUGGAUUGAAUGGGGCUCGUCCAGUGCCACAAGAAACUGAUAGAAAAAAUGCAAAGGAGACCGUGGCUGUCAAAGUGGCUGAAGGAGAUUUUGUUUGCAUUUUCUGUGAUCGGUCUUUUAGAAAGGAGAAAGAUUACAGCAAACACCUCAAUCGCCAUUUGGUUAAUGUUUAUUUCUUAGAAAAAGCAGCUAAAGGGCAGGAGUAAUGAAACUUUUAAAAAAAACUUCAGUUCUUAGUUUGUAAGGUCUAUUACAUUUAUAUUUUUACAGCAGUAGGCAACCUUUUAUAUUUUAAAUUGCUUUAGUGUCCAGUGUUGAUUUCUAUGUAGCACUUUUUUUUUUUUUUUUGGCUAGUACUAUAACUAUUGAUAUAUACUUUUUAGCAAAUCCAAGGGAGUUAGUGUACUAAAACCAGCAGAUGCCUAUGUCUCUUAACUCAUUUGACUGAAAGAAGGCCAAGGUGGUAUUAUAGUAUUCUCUUGCUUUGUCCAUCUAUAACUUGGCAGUUUUUCUUCUUUUGUGUUUCACCUUAGUUUAUUAUUAGCUCCUUGCUUACUAGUUUAUAAAAAUUGGCAUGCUUAAAUAGAAAUUACUUGAAAAUUUGCCUGCUUUAUAUAAAAAUUUAGCACUUUAAAAAAAUCUUUUUAGAGAAGAAGAGACACUUAAACUGAAUACAGAUUCUCCCAACAAUGGUCAUUGUAUUGGCUCAGGUAUUUACUUCCUGAGUUUUGAUUAGUCUUUCCUACUUGUGUAUGUUAAUCAUAAAAAAGAAUGAUUAUUUUGGGGAGGUGUUGUUUUUUUUUCCUUGGGGGGGUGCUUUAAUGGCUUAAGAUGUUGCACAUUCUUUUUCUUUUUUUUUAAAACUAUGCAGUUUUUUUCUCCCUAGAAGUAGCAUUUGUGUUAUACAGUAACACUUUAUAUAUGCAUGUUGAUUUUUUUACCUCUUUGGAGGGGUGCUUUUAGUUGUGUUUGCAAAAGGGCAGUUCUCCUUUCUUUUGCUGCAGUUGCAUUUUUUGCAGAAUAUUAGUGUGUGCAAGUUUUUGAGCAAAUGAAACAUGCUGGUUUAGUCCUUUGAUUUUUUUUUUUCACACCAGAAAUCUACUCCAGAAUCUGUAUUUCAUUUAUUUAUUUUAAAUGUAAAUUCAGAGCUCUCAGUAUGAACAUUGCAAUAAACCACUGGGUUAUAUACUGAAUGGAUUUUUGUCUCCUACCAAUCAUCAGUAAAAAAUUUUGGCCUGUUUUGGUACAGGUACUUUUUUAAAAAACACAGUAUUAAGUCAUAUUUUAGAUGGAAACUUUCGAUAGAGGUUGUCUCUAUGACUAUUUAACUAAAUAAAGGACUGUAAGUGAUAUUUAGAAACUGAAAACCUGGAAUAAGAGAUAAUUACUCCAAGUUUUAUGGGAUAACAGCUAUGAAAUUCUAAAAAGCCAUAGCCAUUACACAGAAAGCCUAGGAUAGGGAAGGUGGUAUGACAGCUGAUAGACCAGCUUCGGUUUCCUAUGAUAAAUGACUACAGUAGAAAAUGCUGGUGAAAUUGUAAGUUCAGAUUUGUAAAGCCUCACACUUUCUCAGGGAUCUCCACAAACUAGUGGGUGUCCUGGCUGACCUUGUGACAGCCUCUCUAUAAUUUAGGCCUCAAGGAGAAUUGCAGCUACCCUGGUGUUCCCAUUGGAGCACUUCUGUAUGAAAUAGAAUAUCCUUUAACUUUUUGGUUGGUUCUUUGGCCAGUUGCCAAAGACUGUGAAAGAAUCCAACAUAGGAUUUAUUUUGCUGGUGAUAUUCAUUAUAGUAAAAUAAAGUAUGAUCCCAAUAGGGAAUUGUGGACAGUUAUGAUCUUCCCAUGUUCUCAUCUGAAAGUGCCACUUUAUAUUUCAUUUAUUUUCUUUCAUCUUACUAGGUUUAUAAGGCAGAUUUUAGAUUUGGGCAGUGCAACAUGAAAGAGUAAGUACUGAUGACGUGGGUUUUUGUUAAAAAUCUUGAGUGAAGUUUGAGUUAAAAGACAUGAACAUGGAAUUGACUGAGAGGCCAAAGAUCUAAAGAAGACUCAAGACUUUGAGAAGGUUGUAUGUUAAUGGUGUGUGUUUAUGUGUAUGAAUGGAAAUUAGUAAAUGUUGUUGAAUUCUUGGCUCUGACAAUCAUUGUCAACAGAAGAUCAAGCUGCAAAUAUUUAUGUUUUAAAACUUAAAUUAUAAAGCUAGUUAAGUCUGUCUAAUAACUAGUUUUAAUGUUCAUGGUACAUUUUAUGUAAGUUGUCUUUUACAUUAAGAGAAAAAGAUUAGUACAGAUUGGGAAUUAGUUUAAGAAAGGUUUUUGUGGAUUCUUUCACUGUAAAAAAAUGAUAUCUGGGGAAAUGGGCUGAUUUCUAGUUUGUGAGACUAGACUCCUAAAAUAUUAAGGAAGUCAAACCCCCUUUUAAUUGGUCUAUGAAAACAUUAGUGGGAAUUGAGUAGGACUUGAGGCCUUUCUUCCACAAAACAAGAACUUCUUCAGGCCUAUAUUAGGUUCUGAAACUUAAUGCCAUGUAUUUGUACUUUACUUAUUAAAAAAUUGUUUCAAUGAAAAACUUGUUAGUAAUAUGAACUUCUGGUCUAGUUGGGAGUUCCCAUUUGAAAAAUGUGAUAUUUGCAUGGAACUGUUUGAAUCUUUGUUUUCUUGAUUUUCUCCACUCAAUAGAACUGAAGCUAGAAUUUUCCCUCUUGAUAGAAGAUCAAAAAAGUGAACCUGUCUUUGUAAAUUGAUUUUUAGUAACUAGAGAUAAACUUGAAACAUUAGAAUAAUGUUAUGUUUAAGCCUAAUAUUAGGUAGUCUUUGUGAAAAAGUGUCCUUCAACUGUCUUUUGAACCUGUAUUCACAUUCGUUUUCAAGAUAUUUUAAGUUAUAUUUUCUUUG